UUUUGUCUGUGGUUUGCGCGCCGGCGCCGGUCUAUGUGUUUUGGUUGCAAUUGUAAUAAAUAAAUUAAUUACAAUGUGAUAGCGAAAGCAAAUAAAUAUAAUUGUGUUUUUAAAUUUUAUUCAAAAUGAGUGCUACCUUUGAAGAGUCAGUGUUCGAUUUCGAUAUCAAUUUUCUUCAGCCAUCGGUUAACGCGGAGUCCAGGGUCGACAAACAGCGGCGGCAAAUUUUGAUAACGAAGAAGAAAGCUAUAGCUAUUGAUGCAUUGAUUAAAAAAUUCUAUGCACAAAGAGAAAAAUGGGAACAAAAUGAGGUUGUACUUCUUACUGCAAAAGAAGAAUGUAAACAAGUGUGUAUAAACUAUCAAGAAGCUUUAGAGAAAUGUACACAAUUAGAAAAGGCUAUGGAAAUGUUAAAUAGUCAGAAUGAAGAGCUAAACUCGAAGUACACAGUAGCACAAAAUCAGUAUGACGGGUUGAAAUCUUAUGUGAAUCAACUCCAACUAUUAAUAAAAGAACAUGAAUCCGUUAUUGAGGCGCUUAAAGUUGAGAAAAACUUGGAGAAAAGUAGUUCUGAAGAUUACCAAGCAAACCUCUCUUCCAUACAGAAAGAAAAUAAGGCUCUGCUUAAACAUAUGCGUCUUCUGAACGACAUAGCCUUGGGUAAAAAAAAGUUGCGUAAUCGUCACAAAGAAUUAUUACGCAAAUAUGAUUUUACGGAAGUCAGCAGUGAAGAUGAUUCUUCAUCCGAUGACAGCUGUGAUUUCUUUGAUGAUCCACCACAGUCACCCUUGAUAACAUCUCUGGAGGACUGUGCAGCAAAAACAAUUGAAAAAAAUAUUUUAGAGACAACCAAAAUAGAAAUGGCUAUCAAGAAAGAUUUGAUACAAUUCAAUGAAAAUGACUCGGAUUGUAGCAAUGAAAUAGUAAGUGAAGAUACAGGGUGUGGAUCGUCUUUAGCAUUUUCAGAUGGCGAUAAAUGUUUUAGUAGUCCUGAUUACUUUAAUAACGAUAGUCCAGAGAAUAUACCCAGACUUGGUAAAACAAAAGAAAAAAAGAUUUUAAUAGAUUCAGGUACCAACCCAAACAGUAUUCACGAAGUAGUUCAUGUAGCAACAAGUCCCCUUAUAUUCGAUGAUGUAGCUUUACUCACCGAUAGUAAUACGCUUUUCCCAAAUGAAUCUGAUCCAAAUACGGAGUAUUAUAUUAAUGAAAUUCCUCUAAGUAAUGAAAUUGUUACUAUUAAAGAAAAAAGAAAAUUAAUUGAUAUUGGAACAAGUCCAAUUAAAGACAUGGAAAAAGUACAUAUAGCAACUAGUCCGGUAUUAUUUGAAAAAUGUGUGGAACUAAAUAAAACUGAUAUUGACUGUGAAAAAGUCCAUGUAGCAACUAGUCCGUUAAUGUUUGAAGAAUGUGUAGAACUGAAUGAAACUAGCACAGUUGGCACGGCGGAUGCAGAUUGUCAAACAAGUAAUGUUACUGAUAAUUUUACGAUUGAUAUAAGUAACAGAAAAGAACGUUGUAUAUUUAAUGAAGACUCAGUAAGUAUGCCAAAUUCAAAUGGGAAACAUACAGUAAUAGAUAACUUAGAAACUCAUGGUGAGCUUGAAAUAAGUGGAAAAACAAUUGAAGAAAGGAAAUGUUUGGAAAGAAAUAAUAGCAAAAAAGUUUGUGAUGAUCAUAGUAAUGAUGAUGAAAUUGAUAUGAUAUUAAGUAGUAUGCGACUCAGUCAAAGAUUCAUAACACCAAUUCCUGAUACUCCAGUGAAAAUGCGUAAGGACGAGAGAAGAAAAGCGCAAAACCUGGUCGAAAAUGUACCCGAAACAUCUAGAGAACACAGUAUUUGUCGUGAGUCUUUGAAAUUGAGAGAGGAUAAUAAAAGUUUACAUAAAGAAGUGGCUAAUCUCUCAAAACAUGUUAUGGGUAUGACAUCUUGGAUGAAAAAAAUAAUUCUGGCCAUUAACUCUAAAGAAAAUAUUUGUAAUGAACGAGAUAUUGAUGUACCUGCUGAAAUAUUCGAUGAUACUAGUCAAGAAACAAUUAUAAUAUAUCCUAAUGAUGAUGACAGCAAUAAUGUAAAUAAAGAAACUAGACACACUGACUUUGAUGUUUCAAACAGUUUAAGAAACGAACUAUCUUCGAUAACAGAACCAGAUGAAAACAACUGUACAGAUAAUACAGUACAAACUGCCUCAAUUAGUCACGAUAUUUCGGAAGAAGCACCUUCGUUAAAUGUCAGCGAGUCGUUUGUAGUUAUUGAAACCGUCGAAAAUGAAUUAAGUUCUGGAAGCUUAAACAAUGAUGUCCAUAACGCUAAAAAUGACAGCUGUGAAGCUAUAACAUUCGAAGAAGAUUUAAGAAGCGACAGUGAGAGUGAUAUAAUAAUAAAUAAUGGUGUUCAUACUACCACAAAUAUGUCGCCUAUAGAAUGUGGUGGUUACAAAAAGAAAAAACAUAAUAAAUUAAGUAAGUUAGACAAAUUUAAGAAAAAACUACUGCCCAAAUCAAAAAUUUCAAAGGCCGAAAUAGUUACCCGCAAAACAAGACGUAAGCACAUAUUGACACCAGCAAGUAAUUUACCCCGAGUGGAUGCGACAACAAUAUUGAAUAAUAAAUCUGCUUACGAAAACGCAGCAAAAGUUAUGGCAGAAAUAAAAAUAAAAGAAAAAGAUUCAGUAAAUAAAAAACGUAUAACUAGAAAAGUUAGAAAAACUGUUAAAGAUAAAAACGAUUGUAAAAUCGACGAAGAAUGUUUAGAUCAGUCGAUUGCUAAACGAAAUCUACGACGGAAAUCAAAUGACCAACAGAAUUUCAUUGAAAAACGUACACAAUCAAUUGAAAGUUUAGAUGAUGAGCCACUAUCGACUAUAAGAACUAGAAGUCGCAGUCAAAAGUUGAGCAUUAGUUCACCUGUUUGUACUGAAACAAGUAAAAGAGAUUCGAGUGAAUCUGAAGAAAAAAAGAAAAUAAUAAAUAGCAUAUCCACCGAUACUCGAGCAGGUGGAAAUAAAAGAGUAUUACGUAGCUAUCACAACCGAAACACGGUUGAUUUAGAUUGUGUAGAGAAAACACCAUUGAGCGGAAACGAAGAACUAAUUUCUGAUACGCCAUUUUGUACAAGAAGAAAGCGUAAUAGUAGAGACGAAAAACAAUACGUAAACGAUAAUGUCAACAACAUAGCUGAUGCACCAAAUACUUCAUUAAAUGAUACACGUACUAGAAAUAGAAAACGUAAAUUAUCCAAUACCAAUGACGAACAGAACAUAAAUGAUAAUGGAACUGUAUCAAAUAAAAUUCAAGACAGAAGGAUAUCCAGAAUUGAAAACUUGAAACAAAAUUACACUCAUUGCAUUAAAGAUGUCUCUGUUGUACUUAGUAAAAUUGAUGAUAUAACAAUAUUCCAGACUGAAAAUGAAACAAAUAACAUAACUGGCAGUAUUAUAGCAUCAAGUAAUAUUCAGGAUCAAGGCUCAUCAUAUGUGAAUAGAAAAACACAAAAAAAUGAAGAAGUUUCUAUUGAUCCGCUAGAUAAUGAUAUUAAUCAUCCAAAACAAAGUAUUCUUUGUAAGAUGUUAGAGAAACAUGGUCGAGGAGAGAGGAAGUCUCCAAACGAAAAAGUUUCUGAUAAUGUUAUAAAUAAUCUCGGCAAAAAGUUGGAGGAACGCAUUGCCUCAAUAAAUGAAUUGCCUGUUCCUAAAGUAAAGCUGGCUCUGAAAAAACUAGUUGAUGAGGUACUAAGCUGGGAUCCGAAGCACUUCAUGUUAGGAUUCAUGGCAUAUUUAAAGGAUCCAGAUAGAAAAACUGAACUAUACAACAAAGUGAAUUCUCCUCCUGCACCACCGAUGACCAAGUCUGAACAAGUCGUGUUGUAUAUAGUGAGGCAAAUGGAGACGAAAUCCCCGAACACAGUCAAUAUGGUCCUCAAUUACAUAGAAUUUUCACUAUUUCAAUUGAAUAGAUCACCCGAUUUUGAUGUUAUAGAAAGUUUAUCGCAUGUUUAUGCACUAUUAUGUCGAUAUUUUGGAUUGAAGAGUCGAUUGAGACUCUUCCUGCUGGAUGCCAUGUAUUGUCUUCAAUUCAAAGUAGUUCCACUCAUCAAGCAGUGCUUGGAUGUGUGGAUGCAUAUAUUGCCUCUAGCGCACAUGGGGAUUGCUAAAAGUCCAUUAGUGACCUGUUUAGUUUAUCUUCUACAUUUCUACAAGUGUGAAGAUAAAUAUAAUAGAGUUACAGAAAUUAGAAAUAUAUUGAAUAAGAAAUAUUUCUAUCAAUUCGGUGAUUGGAAUGAGCCGAAAAUUUUGGAAAUGUUCAAAAACGCCAUCAAAGAAGUUAGAGAUAUCCCACUGGAGAAGAAAAUGUUGAGGAUGGCGCUGAUCCUGCUGGGAAAACGGCACGGACCAAAAUGGUGUCACAAGAAUAUUGUUAAAAAUAUGCUGAUGCCCUUGAUAGAGAGCGACAAGACGCCGUUGAAGACGAAGCUGUUCUGUGUGCAGACGCUGGGCGCGCUGCUCAAGCCGUUCCCUGCUGACAUGAAAGUUGACUUGGAGAUUUCUAUCAACUACAUGCUCGAUAUGCUUAAACAAGAUCCACCAGAUGCCAUGAAGGAAGCUAUAUUCACAAGUCUGAUAUACCUCAAUCACCACAACCCUGGUCGCGUGACCCGCGAGCUACUUCUGUGGCGGCCAAAACAAGUUUCUCCAGAAUUAGAGGCACUUUUGCGGGACUAUGUUAGAACGAAAAAACUGAAUACUUGGAAGCAAAUAUUGUCAAAAACUAAAAUGUAAAAAAAUUUUCAAUGUUUAGAAUAAGCAUGUAAAAAUUAAUUUUAAAAUUAAGCCAAGUGACUCAGUGGCUCUUAUUUUCUUAAGUUUCCCGAUAGUUCUGUGAUUUAUUGUAAGAAAAAAUUAACGUGUAUUUUUAUUUGUAAAAACUUUUGUAUCAUGUAAUAAAAUUUGUACUAAUGCAUCAGAGGAGAUCUGUGAAUAGUCUUACCUGAUGCUCGUUUUAGGAACAGUAAAUAAAAAACAUAAAAAUUUAAUAA